GUCCCAUGGACUCCGUAUUCGUUGCGGAGUUAUUCCGGUCAACCGAUCCGCAAUCUAGGGUUUUUCCAAGGGCCAAUCAGCGACGUUCCGGUCAUUUUGUUCCGUGUACAUUGCGGGCAUUCGUAAAAUUUUACGCAACGAGUCGAUUGCUCAGAAUAAAACAAGUAAACUAACCUUAAACAACAAAGCGAACUCAAGAAUAAAAUAAAUUUGUAAUAAUAAAAAAUACGGCAUCGCAUGCAAGAAGUACACAAUGAACCAGUCCAUCGAUCCCGAAUUUAUGCUACUGUUGUGAUUGACAGCCCGUCAAGUGUGGAUAUUGCGGAUGGCUGAUAGGGGGUUGUAACAAUAUUAUUCAGCACAAGUGCUUCAUGCACUUCACUGAAGAAAAUGACCUGCUCCACGUUGAUGACAAUUUUGUUGUAACUUAUAUCCCGAGGGUGGAUACUAUCUCAACAAAUACGCAAAUAACUACCGACGAGACCUCCCAAAUUGAAGGAAGAGAUGAAAUUUUGAUACAAGCCGUAUUCAUGAGACCUGCACUUUAUAAUAUCAAGCUGCCCAUCAAGAAGCGAACAAAACUUAAAAAGGAUGCACUGUGGCUAGAAGUUGGCCAAGCGCUUGGAGGAACAAUGACAACUGAGGCGAUCAAGAAGCGAUGGCAAUAUUUGAGGGAUUGUUUCACCAAAUCGAGAAAUAAACUUAUGAAGUACAAGCCAAGUGGGUCUGCUGCUGACAUUUUGAACAAAGGAAAACAAUGUUUCCGGUUCUAUGAGCAAAUGAGUUUUUUAUGCGACUCGCUACCAAGCAUUCCAACUGUGAGUAAUAUUGAGCCAUCUUCAACCGCAGCCGCCACCUCAGAUAAUAGUGGAUGUUCUAGUGUUCCGCCUAACUGCAACAUUUCGUAUGUUUCUCCUGCUACUUCGUCAGGGGGAUCGACAUCUUCGUCUAUUGACCCAUUCGAUGUAGUGAAUAAUUCAAUGAGGUCACCACCACCACCCUCAAGGACUCCAACACCAGGAGCAAAAAGGCGAAAGACCACAGCUGACAAUAACGUCGAAUUGCGAUCUGCACUAGUAUCUGCAUUGCAAGAAAAAGUACCACAAACAGAUGCAGUGGACGGGUUCCUGGCUAGGCUGGGCGAAGGCUUGCGGAGGAUUCCGUAUCGUGAGAGAUGCCGACUAGAAAUUAGUUUCCUAACCCAGCUGAUGGAGGUUGAAGAUCAAUUAAAUUUACCAGACUGAAAUUCUAUGCUUCAGAACUUAUUUUUGGACAUGUUUUGAAAUAGAGUUGUACUUCUUUUGCUGACUA